AUCCACUUCGACCUUGGUUGCGUCCGCUUCGACUUUGGCGAUCCCUUCUUUGACCUUGGAUCCCUCAUCUUUGGGUGUGGAUGCCUCUUCCCAAAAAAUGAUGAAGUUUACAGAGGAUGGUGUGAUAUACUUUGAAAUGACCCAGCUUGAUGAAUUUUCAUAUCUUGGUGUAAUGAAGAUAGGCGGGAGUUCUUUUCCCAAGUCGUAUAUCAAAAUUGGCGAGAAUUCUACUUCAGAUGUCUCAAUUAGGCUUAAGAAAAACUCAUGCCUAUUGAAAAUUGAAUUUUCAAUGUAUUUCCACUCCCUUUCCAGUAGGGUAGCAAUUGUUGAGCCGGUCCGUCCAGUAAAAGUGUUCUUUGAAUUGAAGCUUGAAGAUUUCAAAUCGGAAGCAAUGGCUCAAACUUGUAAAAAAUGGUGGGAAUAUAUCAAAGACGACUUUCUAUCAAUAUUUCGAGGCGUAAUAUGUGGCAUGCUUGUCAUAUAUUCAGAUCAAAAAGUCUGUAGUGAUCUGGAAAAAUCACUCUACGUUACUGAGGAGGGAGAAGCCAAAAUAUUGCAUAUUUCUCAAGAAAAAUUUACAUUCAGUCAAGCGCAAAAAGAAGUGUCUGAUUUGUUGUCCAUUAUUGAAGGAGUCAUUACUUUGAUAAGACCAAGAUCAAGACCAGAUUUGGAAACUUGGCGUAAAGAAUUUGAGCUAUCUUAUGAACUGCCUUUAGAAUUAGGUCAUUUUUUAAACAGCUUAAGAGUCAGGAAAAUAUGUGAUAACAUUCAUCCAAUGUUGUUGAUUGAUCACCCGUUUAUCUGGUCGAUAAAUCAUCGGGUUUCAUUCAUCCAGUCUCUUGAAGUGGCUAUUAAAGAAAGGUUAAUCAAUGAGAAGGCUUUCAAUAAUGAAAUGACUCCGAAUUUUAGGACUCAAAAUUGGAGGAUUGAAGUCUCAAAUGACUUGUUAUUGUCAGCAACUUUUAUGUUAAACCAUUUCGUGUCAUUAAUUUUAUUCAUGCAGUGUUUUCCCAUGCUAAUGACUAUCAAUAUGAUACUAUACGCGGGAAAAAGGGUGGUUUGACUCUUGAGGAAAGAGAAAGUCUAAUUACAAAAGUGUUUCCUUCAAUAUAUACAACACUUUAUGACGCCCUGUGUGAUUAUGCAAAAAAUUCUAGUUGGGGAUAUACAGAGUCAUUUUCAGAUGUUCUUAAAAGAUUUUCAAGUUGUGGAUCUCAAUAUUGAUUUCCUGUUCCUGUUUGCAGGUAGGUGAAGGGGGUCGAUAAAUGAAUUGAUCCACUAGAUGCAUACCCUCUGAUGUCUGCAACACUAGUAGCAAGCCUGAUUUAUUUUUUGGUUCAGACAGAUCAUUGUGUUGCUUGAGAUUUAAGUAUAGAGCUGACUUUUUCUUAUGUGAGCUAAGCUACUUCUGGAGAAGUUAAACAUGGAACUACUGUUGUUUACGCAUGGGGUUUUUAUUCUCAAAAGAAAUAUGUCUGUAAAAUUGUACCUGAAUUUUCUAUCCCCGGAUCAAUGUGCAGCAAGUUGAGACCUUAAAAUUUAUGCUUCUAAACAUAUCUGUUAAUUUUAUGCUAAAGCUUGACUCAUUGAGCUUCCUACUUAUGCACUCAAUUUGACAAUAAUAAUGCUAGCAACAAUCUACUUUUUCUACUUCUAGUAUAUGAAAUUAAAAGAGGU